AUGCCUGUUCAAGAAAAUCCUAUUGUUACAUUAUCAGCUGUUGUUCCGCAAAUUUUUCAGGACUGUCAAAAAUCUACGAGCAAUCACCGGAAAAAUGCUAUAGCCCUUCGAAAAGUGCAAAUGAAUUGUUCAUCAUAUAGACCCGCAAAUAAUAGAUCGUCUAAUCAAUUAAAUAAUGAACAGGCUUUUAAUACCGAAUUUAUCAGAAAUUUGAACAAAAUUUUACCCGUAAAAAAAGGACAAUCCAAUUCCGAGCGUGUAAUAAAAUUCGUGGCUUCUUUUGUUGCUUUUAGUUGUGAAAAAG